CGUGCUAUCACGUUUGUGUUUGCUCGAAUGCCUCUGAAUAUUAUUAUUUGAUAGACCGCGACGACUUCGACUUCUCCGUUUGUGCACAUAUGCAUGUAUACGUGCGAUAUUCGGUCGGGAAAAGAUAACAAAGAAAAUCCAAGCAUAAGUUCCGAAAUAAAUCAUUCGUAUACGUUCAAGUAAAAGUUUGUGCAUCCUAAGUUUGUGGUGGACCGAAUAGUGCAUGCAUGCACAAUAUCGACCUAUUCGUGUACAACUAACUGUCUGAACAUAGGCACAUACGCAUAAAGAGACGAUCUUUCUCCUUCUCUCUACCACUCGCUUUGUUCUACGCGUCAACGAUAAUUGAUUGGUACACCUGCUUUCUGCCUGCGUUCCCAUACCGCAGCACUUCAAAUGGUCCCGUGAUGACGGCAUGAGGUCUCCGCGCCGUUGGAAGCUCUCCUUCGAAGGGUCGUCGGUCGCCCGCGGUUCAAGGUCUUCGGUGUGCUUCAGAGACAGUCGAUCAGAGGGGCUCGAGAGGUCGGCCGAGGCGAGAGGCGCCCGGGGUGCCUAGGUGGCGAUGCGAUGAGCCCGACAACCGGCGGGCAACCCGUCACCCAAGUUGACCCACCUUUUCCUAGGACGAGGAAAGCACCGGGCUCAUGUCAGCUCGGGCCAUGGAACGCGAGCCGCGCAACGGGACCACCGACAGUACCGAGAGCGAGGCGAACCUCACGAGCAUCUACUUCUUCGUCGGCGAUCGGUGCGAGGUCGCCUCCUUCCACCCGGACCAAGUCACGCACAAGGAGAUCAAGGAACUCUUUCGAAGCGCGGCAGAGGCUGGACCUCUGGACAUCGUGAAGCUUCGCCAGGGAGAGAAGCUCUUGAACAUUUCGCCCCACCUUCCGUCGAACACUCCGGAGACUCCGUAUUCGCUGCAGGUGGUCGGGGCUCAUCCUGGGAGCACCGGAAUGCUGGACGCCGACUUGCUCCGCGCCCUCGAGCGCCGGGUUUCCGCCCUCGAACGCGAGCUCAGGGAACACCAGGAGGUCGCCGUUUCGGCCCCGCUUCUGCCGCUCCGGGAGCUCAAAAGGCAGGUCGACGCCUUCAGGAAAAAGCUCGAAACUACCGAGCACCUCAGCUGGCUGGGGUUCUAUAAGCAGCUUCCAGAACCAAUUUCGACCGAGGCGUGUCGGAGACUUCAGUACCGGCGGAAAAGUGACACGGUCAAACGAACAGUCCGUGAAAAAUUCCUCAACAUCUGUGACGUGUCUGUGUCGUCGAAUGUUCGUCAGUGGCUUCGUUCUCCGGCAUUCGACGCACGGCAGUGGGAAGACGAAGAGCUGCUGCUGAUGCUCCAGGCGAUGUUCGUCGAGCUUGAUCUUCUCCAAAAAUUCUCCAUACCGCUGUCAACGCUUAGGAACUUCCUCUACGAAGUGUAUAAUAACUACAACGAAGUGCCGUUUCACAACUUCAGGCAUUGCUUCUGCGUUGCUCAAAUGAUGUACGCGAUAGCGUGGGCUGCGAACCUUCCCUCGAAGAUCGGCGACCUCGAGGUUUUCGUCCUGCUGGUAUCCUGCAUUUGCCACGACCUCGAUCAUCCCGGCUACAACAAUAUUUACCAGAUCAAUGCUCGCACGGAGCUGGCGCUCAGGUACAACGACAUAUCUCCUCUCGAAAAUCAUCACUGUUCGGUCGCCUUCCGCGUCCUCGAAUCACCGGAGUGCAACAUCCUCGCUUCCCUCGACACCGCCACCUUCAGAACCGUUCGCGAGGGUAUCAUAAGAUGCAUACUCGCCACGGACAUGGCUAGACACAACGAGAUACUCGGCCAAUUUAGGGAUAUCACGCCGGAAUUCGAUUACUCCAACAAAAUGCACACCAAUCUACUGACAAUGAUCCUCAUCAAGGUAGCGGACAUCAGCAACGAGGCGAGGCCGAUGGAUGUGGCUGAGCCUUGGCUCGAUAGGCUUCUCCAAGAGUUCUUCAAGCAGAGCGACGCUGAAAAGCUCGAGGGACUUCCGGUCACGCCGUUUAUGGACCGGGACAAGGUGACCAAGCCUUCUUCCCAGUGCAGCUUUAUCGGGCUAGUCCUUCUUCCGCUCUUCGAGGCUUUGGGAGAACUACUUCCGGAGCUGCAGGAAUUCAUAGUCCGCCCGGUACGGGACGCCCUGGAGUACUACCGUCGAUUGAACGAGGCUGCAAAGGACGAGCGAAUGCACCGCAAGAGCAUAGUGGACCUCGGCGAGUCGAAUACGACAUCGUUGUCGACGUACGUCGUUAAGUCCUCAUCGGCGCAGAGCGUGCGCUCGAAAAGGUCCGGAUGCACGCUGAGGUCGAGGUCACGCUCGAUCGAGGACUCCUCUGAGAAUCUGACGAUCGAGGAGGUCGAGACUGGGGAGAGUUCGGAUCCCGAAACGGCAACGGAGGUCGAGGUCAGCGAGAAGACACUUAAGUUCAAAAUAUCGACGGAGGGCAGCACCGCCGGGAGGAAGAGCUACCCGGGCAGCCGGAAGGGCAGCAGGGAGCGGAGCACCCUCGACUACCAUCACCACGAUCUGGCCAAGGCUAUGAGGGAGCACGACCGUGACCUUGAGAGGUACGAAGCACAUCGCGGCAGAGGCGACAACCUCAGUAGCGACAUGAGCUCGCCGGUCAGCGCGAGGUCUUUGGACGACUCAAGGAUCGUCGAGGAACUCGAACGGGAUGACACGGUCGUCCAGGAAGGAAGAGGGAACGGAAAUGAAAACGGGAACGUCCUCCUGGACGUUUCCGUAACCCCCGAGAGCUGCUCGUGCAGUGAGGAGCGCGACAAGUCGACCCCUAACCACCAUAAAUCGCUCCUUUCAAGGCUGCGGACGUUCACCGAUAGGCUGAGCAUCAGCUUUGACUCGAGGGAAUCGCCGAGCGUCAAACAGACCGGAAAGAGUGCCGGAAAGAGCUUGAACAAGAGCAAUUCCGUAACCGGGACUAGUCCGGGGAGACACGUCGGGGCGUUCUGCAAGCGGUGCAACCUCACCAAGGUCGAUAAAGUCCUCGAGGAGACGAGGGAGCCUCAGGAAACCAAAGAGACGAAGGACACGCGGAAGGGAUUGGAAGCCAGUCAACUUUCCGUGGAGGACAAGCGCGCUAUGACCCUGCCGAAGGCCAAGAAGAAUCAAGAAGGAAGGAACAAGGGCUGGAAGACGGUGUUCGCGAAGGACAAACGACCCUCGGUUUCCCUCGAAGCGAUACCGGCAACCGACGCUGACGUCGCACUCGCUAAACACAAGAGAAACUUCUCGAACCCGGAGGGAAAGCUGGCAACGGUCAAGACGAACCCCAAGGAGGAAGAGUGGAAUAAGGGGUUCAACGCCGAGUUCAAGGGAAUCGACGGAGCUGUGCGAACCAAACCGGAAAUCGUCCUGAACCCGAGCAUCAGUACGAACGUCCUUGACAAGGAGAUUGGAAAGGUGGAGAUACGGCGGAGCUCGGCGAGCAUGGAGGACAUAACGAAGAUCACUAAGCAGAACGAGUCGAUAUUCCUUGGGUCUCAAAAGAGCAAGGAUGCGGAGGAGCUUCAGCACACCGGAAGCCUCGACUCAAUGCUCCACAAGGAGACGGACAAGGCUUGCAAGAAGACUCUCGCCUUCUCAUCACCCGGCACUUCGAAGAAGUACAGCGCCGGUAUAUUUUCACGAUUCAAAUCCGGCAUGAGCAUCGACAGUGCCAGAAGCAACAGCGGUCCUCUCAACGAUCAGCAGCAACAACAACAACAACAGCAACAACAACAACUCCAAGGAGGCUGGAUAUCUUCACUUGCAGCUAGCUUCAGGCCUAAGAGACAGGGUAGUGAGGCACAAUUCUCACCCCAGCGUUCCCACUACCCGAAUCACGACGGAUUCAAGUGAACAGACUGGUAUCAAAUUUUGGUAAAGAAAAACGACAAAUUAAGCUAGGUAGGUAUGGUUUUAACGGUGGGCUGUGUGCCUGAUGUCGUGCGUGAAAUACGUAGGUUUAUCUAUUGAUGAUGAUGCAUGCAUAUACUCGUACGUUCGGUGACGAAAAUUUGUUCUCCUUUUCAAGGGAAUAAUUUAUAUCGGAUCAUUAUCGCUCUAGGGACGCAAUCGCACGAUUACAGUUCACCGAGGGUUAACAAAAACACAAUAGAGAGUAUACGCAAUGGCCCUCGAUAAAUUUAUUACUCUUAAGAUGAAAUUAAUGGGAAAACCUGAACUGGCUAGAGUAUUAUCGAUUCGACUUUCUAUCUCUCUUUCUCUCUCUCUCUCUCUCUCUCUCUCUCUCUCUCUCUUAUUUUCACUCGUGCUAACUACUCUAGACCGAAUUUCAAAGAGGUUUUUCAACUUCGUACCAAAGAUAAAGUGUUUCGAUGCAAAACUCUCAAUCAGAGCAUUUCUAUGGAGAAGAAGAAGAAGAAGAAAGGAAGGAAAAAUACUCUAAUCGUAAUCGUAAUUGUAUUUGCCGUCUUGAACGUCGCGAGAAAAUUUUAUUCAAGUGCAGACGUAAGACGAUAACUUUAUAUCGGAAUGGAAAUCCCCCGGCAACCGUACGACUGCUCUUUCAUUCAAAUCGUAAACUUUUUUUCAAAAUCUUCUCGUGUUCGACGGUUGGACGUCACCAACCUACUUCUUCAAUGACGUAUUUUCGUUAACGCGUGCUCGAGUCGUUGCAGUAGAUAAGUAACAUAAAGUGUAUAAGAAUUACAUUAAAUUUUCCCAAAGAGUAAUUUAAUAGCAAUUCACUGGUAAAGAAAAAAACAGUCAUCUCGAAAUGGAACUGUAUUCAGACAAUUCUUGACUGUGAAAAAAACCGGAAAGGGAGAAAGUUAAUGAAAAUUUAAAAAUUUUCAAGCUACUCUCUCAAUGCUUUAUGGUAUUCUGAAACCUCUUAUAUUAGUUGACAUUGACGAUAAAGAUUAUCAGAAACACGAGGUUUUGAACAAAAAUAUCACGUGGCGCAUGUAAUACGGUUAUUUUGCUUUUAACUUGUCCUCAAACUGAGGGAUUACUGAAAAAGCCACGGUGUCUAAAAAAUAAAUGGUUGUAGCUAGCGUUCAAAUGAAUAUUCAGUGAAUGUAUUACCUACGUUUUGCAAUCACAAAAACAUAUAUAGAUGUGUAUCAUGACUAUAAGUGUGGGAGCGUCGGAAAAUCGAUUUUCACACCAAUAUCGAGGUGGCAUAUGUCCCCUGAAACGGGGAUGCUUAUUUCACUUAGACGAUCAGAGAUCGAGAGCAGCGGAGAGACGUGAUUGAGUUUAUUUUACGAUUGACGAAGCAUCCCUCGUAAAUUAGGGGGCCGUGUGCCGCUGCCAAAAAUUUCAAUGUUUCAUUAAAAGUUGCCGGAUCAAGUUUUACUUGAAUAAAGAAUAAUUU